CAAAAAGUUUAAAACUGUUAUAUUCAGUCAGAAUCAUAUCAAAUAACUCAUAAAGUGACUAAAACCGCCCCCUACUUGCAAAAUUACACGAAAAUUAGUGAAAUUUUAGCUGGAAAUCACGAGAUUCGACUUACGCGGAAAUUCGAGAUACGCGGUAUUUUGCGGCCGUUUUCGGUCCCCAUUAACCGUGUAUCUCGGGGACCGCCUGUACUGUUAUUUUUUGUUGGUUGGGUGUUGGCCAUAAUGCUUCCGUUUUUUGCACACUGUCCGAUAGGUCCAUGGAUGUUCGCGAGUCCCAUACGUUUGCGUACAAUUGACGUAUUCCAAGAAUUACGCUAAAUGUAUAUUUUCGUCACCCGUCGCUAUUCCCGAAGCAACAAAAAAAAAAUAUUUACCGUUUAAAAUGCAAGCUUCUCGGGCCGAAAACGAUUGCAAUAUUUGGUGUUAAAUAGACAGAAUAAACGAGCGUACUGAUGGCGUCAUCAACGAUUACUACACUCUUUGCCUUGCCGUUUCGUACCAUCUGCCCCUAGCCGAUUGCUGUUAACAACCUGGACUGUCAGCACACCGCUUCACACAUGUCAAAACUCGGAGUGCAAAGUGUAUGCCAAAGUCGGACGAAGAAAGUUACAAUUAAUAACAAUGCGGAGAGAUCGAUAGUUGUUCGUGUAAAAAUUGUUAAUCCGUUCUGUGUACGAAACGUACUGCCGAACUCUUAAAGCCGCCACAGGAAGCGACACAACAUCGCACAAGGUGCAUCAACCACAAUACGCAAGCACCAGACGAAACCUGUAUCACGGACCGUGCAUGCAUCGACUCAGCUUGCCAAAGAAGAACAACAAAAAAAAAAAACGAUAAAUAAUCGGAAGUAAAGUUCAUCGGCCAACACUCCCUUAUUACAUGCUGGCACUGUUACGUACUUACCAAUGAGCUAAGAUAGUUUAUAUGCCUGUUCGCAAUGUUCGCAAGCAUAGUUCUGGACAGGCAAUGUACAUGAUGAUGAUCAAAUCAAUAAACGAUGUCACCUUGCGCUGAGAUACCCUUUUGCGGCAAACCGUAUUACAUGUUACUGGGUUGUAUGAGAGAUAGUGUGAAUAUUUACAUUAUGCUUACCGUUUGUUUUGAAAACAUUUAUGCUGGCUGCGUUUAGUGUUGCUGAGCAUAGUUUUGUCCAUCAUCAUCAUGCAUCAUGAACGCUGGCAAUCAGGUGGCAAAUGACAGGUGCAACAUAAAAACGGCAGUAAAGCGGCGAUACAACUUGAUUGUUUACAAAUAAUUGUGAUUAGAGGAACUUUUUAUACUUUGUUUUAACAACUAAUUUGAACACUUACCCAUUGGGACGAGCACAUUGAAUGGUGGUGGAUUGUUCUGUCCGUUCUGUACGUCAUGGUUCAGCAGUAUGUAUCGGCAACAGCAACAAUUGUGAAUGGAACAAACGCGUACGAGCUUUUCUGCGAACAGCAUCAUCACAAGUGUAAUUCCGCCAUCGCCACUGCUGCGGCACUGCAGACUGCUAUGAAAAGCCUCAACAGUAUGGUCACCCACACCAUGAGCAAUUCACUGGCCACACUAUGCAACAUCGGCAACUCGUGCUACAUGAACUCGGUGCUGUACACCUUGCGCUUCGCACCGAACUUUACGCAUAAUUUGCACCAUCUGGUCGAGUUUCUGGAGCUGACGUUGCAUAAAGCGAACGCGGAGAAACGGUGCCUGCCCGAGCACGACGAGCAGGGGCAUGGGCAGGACGAGCAGAGCGCGAUCAACACCAAGCAGAAAGGCUCCCUGCUCGGGGCGGGCUCGGAUGGGCCGGACGCGCUCGGUGGGCACAGCUGGAACGGCAAGGAGCUAGGGUUGCACGAAAAGCACGUGAACGGGUACGAGACGCACGCAGCACCGUACGGCCGAUCGUCGAGUGCGUCCGAUGGUUCGGCGAUGGUCAGCGAAAUAUGCUUUAGCGAGAGCGAGAAGUGUAGCGCACCCGCCAAUCACGCCCGUGGCUGCAACGCGUACGGUGGUGCGUCCACCCCCGCCUACACCGGUGAUAGCUACAAUCGGUCCCGCAAGUGCGAACCGAGCGUUAGCAAUGGGAACGGUGCCAAGACCAACCGGCAGCUGGUAUGCGAAACGCUGCACGAGCUGUACCACAGCCUUGCGCGGAACGAGGCGGCCGACACGAUAGAGCCUUUCCACGCCGGCGGACUGCUGCAGGCGGUGCAGCGCGUGAGCAGCACGUUCGAAGGGAAUCAGCAGCAGGACGCGCACGAAUUUCUCAUGUGCAUACUGGAUAGCGUGAGGGAAUCGUGUUUAAAGCUGAACAAAACUCUCAUCGAAAAUCCAGAUUUCCUCAAAAUAAGCUCGCUUCCAUCCCUAGAAAAGCCUGCGCCCGCUAAGGGCACGUUCGAUAGUGCUGACUCGGUGACUGCCAGCACCGAAACGAAGUCUAGCACACAAUUCAUCGGGCGCAACAUAUUCCGGCGGCGUAAAGAAUCGCUCCGCAAUGCCAAGUCCUUCGCGGCGAAGGAGAGCAAAGCGAAUGCCGCAGUGGAGCUGCCGCUGGCCAGUAGCGUUAAACCGAUGGCGCCCGUUAGCAAAUGUGCCGAUGCAGGGGCGGGCAAAGACAAGGCCAGCUUACCGCACGAAACAACGACGGGUGGGCACGGUGCGACCGCGGCGGAGGAACGGCUCGAAGAACGGAUUCGCACGUUGGGGUUAAACUUCUUUUGCGAAGAUUUCGAAGGUGUUACCGUGUCCAGGACGCGGUGCCUGUCGUGCGAAACGGUAACCGAGCAAAAGGAAAUCAUGAUCGACAUUGCUAUUCCGAUCGCUUCCAGCGAGAUCAGCGAGGCGCUAAAGAAUCCUCAGCAAUUUUAUCAGGACGCUUGCAUAACGCAGGAAUACUUUCGUGGUGAUAACAAGUACCGGUGCGAAGUGUGCUCGGGCUACACCGAGGCUUGCCGUACGAUAUCCUUCGAUAUACUGCCCCGGCUGCUGGUGCUGCAGCUGAAGCGGUUCAAUGGCGAUAUGGAAAAAAUUAACAGCUACAUCCCGACGCCGUUCGUGUUGCAGUGCUUCUGCGCCGACUGUCUGGGCAAGUCGGACAGCGAGAAGCGCCACGUGUACCGGCUGUACAGCGUGAUAACGCACGUCGGUGCGCGCAUGUCGGUCGGACAUUACAUCGCCUACACCAGCUCGCUGCAGAUCCCGCUGCACUACGUCAACUGUGUUAAGGAUCGCCAACGAAGGGCACUGCUCGCUGCCUCUUCCCUGGAAGCGCAGGCGGCCGGCGUGCCGAACGGCAUCAAAGGCGUCGGAAUCUCGGGCAAGGGGCACGGCGGCGGCGUCGACAAGAGUGCUUCCGGUCAAUUAAAAAAGCUGUUUGGCAGCAAAAAAGCCUCCAGUGCUGGUGAUAUUAGCAAAAAGCUGAAAAACAACGUUAUUAAUCGGUUCUCCCCCAUCAAUGGGAUCGAAAACCUGCAGCUGAACGCGCACGCCACCACCGUCUGCAUCGAGAAGGCGGUGCGGGCCGGCUAUAGUGAUAACUUUUACAGCAUUCAAAGCAUGGACGGCGUCAGCUCGGCGCGCAGCGCGGUCGAUUGUUCGCUGGGCAGCGGGAGCAAUCCGUGCGACGGCAAAACGAAUCAUCCGCUGCGCAGUAUUUGCGACAAAGCGUCGAACCUGCACGAUCUCCAUUGCCAGAGCGUCGGUUGCUGUGCCGUGCUGGCGAAAAACAUACUCGCCGAUGACAUCCGGCAUGCGGGAUGCGCUCACGCCGGAAGCGGGACCGCCGAUGAGGGCGGCGGCCUGAUCGGGGACGGUUUGCGCAGCAGCAGUGGCCCGGGCAGCGCCCCCCAUCACCUAUCGCCUAUCGUGGCGGGGUCAAUGUGCGAAAUGAACUGUGCACAAAGUCGCUACAAGCUGGAUGGUGCGAACGGCGAAAGCCAAUCAACCAUCGGCAACUGUCACUCUUCAUUGCUGUCCAGCUCGUCGAUUAACAAUCAAGGUAAUAGCGAGCUAAGUUAUGGCAAUUUCAUGGACGAUACCGUUGCAAGGCAGCAGCAGCAGCAGCAGCAGCUAACCUGGUACAUGUGCGACGAUGACAAGGUAAAAAUUAUGACGCAGCUCGAGUUCGAGGAGAUACUGUCACCGAACCGGCGCCAUGUGACCACGCCAUACCUGCUGUUUUACGCGCGCUACGACAUUGAGCGAAAGGAACAUAAUCAACCAAAAGAGCAGUCGGCAUCGCCCACGCAGCAGCAUCAGCAACAGCAGUAUCAACACAAAAUGCAUAAGGUAAUAACCAAGCAUGUCCCGGCGGCGACCAAAUCUGCUACCAUCUCCGUUUAAGUUUGACGCGCACGAGGCUCCAGGCACGUAUGCUGGCAAGUCUAAAAAUUAAACACGUUUCUUUCUAUUCAAGGAAUACUUCCUGCCUGGCGCCAAGACCACCUAGCUGGUCGUGCCCGGCCUUAUAUUGGCUUAUUGUAAAUCAACCCCCACUCCCACUCCUUCCCCAUCCCCUCCCCUGUUUAAGUUGGCUACGCACGCAGCGCCACGGGAUAGUCAGUGCUUGCUGCAUGGAUCACGUGCGACGUGGAGCAGGGGGAUAGUGAGCGCCACGGAAUUGUGGCGUGAGAGAUCUAGACUUUAGCAGCAUGGCAAUAUAGUUGACCUCCUCAUUCGAGUCGCAUAUAGUAAUUAUAUUAGGGCGAAGAUAGAUCGUGAAACCUGAAGCCGGUUCAAAAUCGGCUUUCUAACUUAUUGACAGACAAAUAAGAAGCAACAGUGUAAAAGCUAAGAGAAAUGUUAGAGAUGAUAGAGGGUUUGGGGUAGUGCGCCGUAACAUCAUUCAACAAUAUAUGGUAUAUGAGAGACCGCAUUAGAGCAGCAACAGAAACUGAGUAAUGUUCAAUAUAUUUAAAGAGGAAUAAUAAAACAAAACAGAACAAACAGA